GAGGCGUGAGAGAGGAGCGUCCCCCCCCCCCCCCAAAUCUGCCGGCAGCGAUGUGCACCCUGGAGCAGCGCGGCCGCGUGUUCGUCCUGACCCUCACGGGCGACGGCGAGCACCGCCUGGGCCACGCGCUCAUCUCCUCCCUCCGCUCCGCCGUCGCUGCCGCCGCGGAGGCCGCGGCCCGGGCGGGGCCGGGGGCCGCGCUCGUCACCGUCGGCGAGGGCCGCUUUUUCUCCAACGGGCUCGACAUCGGGUGGGCGGGCGCCUCCCGCGCGCGCCUCGGGGAGCUCGUCGACGCGCUCCGCCCGCUCGCCGCCGACCUCCUCGCGCUCCGCAUGCCCACCGUCGCCGCCGUCACGGGCCACGCCUCCGCUGGCGGCUUCCUCCUCGCGCUCUGCCACGACUACCGCCUCAUGCGCGCCGACCGCGGCGUGCUCUACAUGAGCGAGGUCGACAUCGGCCUGCCCCUCCCGCCCUACUUCGUGGCCGUGCUCCGCGCCAAGAUCACCGCCGCCAACGCGCUCCGCGACGUCGUGCUCCGGGGCAGGAAGCUCAGGGCCGCGGAGGGCAGGGAGAUGGGCGUCGUCGACGCCGUCUACCACUCCGCGGCCGAGACGGCGGCCGAGGCCUUCAAGUUUGCCGAGCAGCUCGCGGCGAGGAAGUGGGACGGGGCCGUGUACGCGUCCAUAAGAAUGUCCAUGUACCCUGAGGCCUGCAGGUCGGUUGGAAUUGUCGAGGAGGGUGACGAGGAGAAGAGGAAGCACUUCGCUUCCAAGCUCUGACGCCGUGUGAUUGUGAUUCGAGUGAGGGGCGGAGCCAGGACCCUUGUUGGGCGUGCUGCAGCACGGGUCCAGCUCGGUUCAUCCCAUGUAAGCCUGUGUAGUAUUUAGACCAAAGCAGUACUAUUUUAGCAUAAUUUUAAUUAACCUGGUAUUGUUCACUGGUUUAGCCCGGGCUGGAGGGGCUUUCUAGCUUCGCCCCUGACUCUAUCUGUACAAUGUUGAUCCAUCGGUCAAUUCAAAUACACAGCUGUGGAAUGAGUUUGAGAGUGACCAUUAGGGCGACCACUUGUACUUGAAGUGGAUCUAGCUACUGGCAAUUGAAAGUUGAAAAAGGAUGGGAGCAUUUUAUCUUUCUUUGUCAUCAUGGUCAUAACUACAAUUCUCAACUUAUUCACUUAAAAUGUUUGUCGGUUGGAUAGUUUAGCAUAUGAAUUACUAUCUUAUGAACCAGAUCCAUAAGCCUGGUACCAAGCCUUUGGUUCUUGCAUUUGUAACCUUACAGAUAUUAUUUAGGAAAAUUUGCAUAUGUACGACCAAUCUAGACCUGGUAUGCAAUAAUACUGUCACAUUUUAGCUCCGUCCAUCCAUACCAUCGUACUUUCAAAAUUUUCCAUUCAGACCACCAAAAUCACCUUCAUGGCUUGACUCCUCACAGACAGUUAGCAUCGUUUAUUUGAUACCAAAAUACCCUCAUAUUCAUCGCCUCCUAUGACUUAUCUGCAGUUUGCAUCACUGUAUAGAUUACCUUGCAUAUCAUCAUUGUACGAUCAAGAAAUCCACUUUCUUGUAUACAUUUAUGAAUUUUGAAUCAUAACUUAUUUACACUCACAAAUCAUGUUGGUGCAAAAGGUGCUGCUAAGACUACAAAUUACCUCCUGGCAUCCUUAUAUAUAUAUACAUUACACUUUCUGAGAUGUUGCAUUGUCCAUGGUCCUACUUUG